AUUGGCACCUUUGGGGAGUGGGAGGAGAGCAGGUACCCAAAAUUGACAGGUACCCGCUCCCAUUUCCGCUGCGAUUGCCUAGGCGAUCGGAAGCGGAAGAUGUCCUCCCCACUCCCUCCCCAUAGUCUUUUGGGACAUGUGACAGGUCCCAGAAGACUACGGGGCCAUUCAGGAAGCGCAGCGCUACUCAUGCAUGCGCAGUGGGCACCCGGCUCUGAAGCCGCAAGCUGUCACAGCCGGGUGCCCACACUGAAGAUGCCGGUGCCAGGGAGAGAAGAUGGCCGGUGAAACGGGCUGCGGGGAGGACACCGUGG